AUGGCCCUCAUCAUGGAGCCCGUCAGCAAGUGGUCACCGAGCCAGGUCGUGGACUGGAUGAAAGGUCUUGAUGAUUGCCUGCAGCAAUAUAUAAAGAACUUUGAGAGAGAGAAGAUUAGUGGUGAUCAGCUAUUACGAAUUACUCAUCAGGAACUGGAGGAUCUUGGAGUCACACGAAUUGGCCAUCAGGAGCUUAUUUUGGAAGCAGUAGACUUGCUCUGUGCACUGAACUAUGGUUUGGAAACAGAAAAUCUAAAAACCCUUUCUCACAAAUUGAAUGCAUCUGCCAAAAAUCUGCAGAACUUCAUUACUGGGAGGAGGAGGAGUGGUCACUAUGAUGGAAGGACCAGUCGCAAAUUACCGAAUGAUUUUCUGACAUCAGUAGUGGAUCUCAUUGGAGCAGCUAAAAGUCUUCUGGCUUGGUUGGACAGAUCACCUUUUGCUGCUGUCACAGAUUACUCAGUAACAAGAAAUAAUGUCAUACAACUCUGUCUGGAACUAACAACAAUAGUACAACAGGAUUGCACAGUAUAUGAAACAGAGAACAAAAUUCUUCAUGUGUGUAAAACUCUCUCUGGCGUCUGUGAUCACAUUAUCUCACUCUCUUCUGAUCCCCUGGUUUCCCAGUCUGCCCACCUUGAAGUGAUCCAGCUUACAAAUAUCAAGCCAAGUGAAGGGCUGGGUAUGUACAUUAAGUCAACAUAUGAUGGUCUUCAUGUAAUUACUGGAACAACAGAAAAUUCACCUGCAGAUCGGUGCAAGAAAAUCCAUGCUGGGGAUGAAGUGAUUCAAGUUAACCACCAAACUGUGGUGGGGUGGCAGUUGAAAAAUUUGGUGAAUGCACUACGAGAGGAUCCGAGUGGUGUUAUCUUAACUUUGAAAAAGCGACCUCAGAGCAUGCUUACCUCAGCACCAGCUUUACUGAAAAAUAUGAGAUGGAAGCCCCUUGCUCUGCAGCCUCUUAUUCCUAGAAGCCCUACAAGCAGUGUGGCUACUCCAUCCAGCACUAUCAGCACACCUACAAAAAGAGACAGCUCUGCCCUUCAGGAUCUCUACAUACCCCCUCCUCCAACAGAACCUUAUGUUCCAAGGGAUGAAAAGGGAAAUCUCCCCUGUGACGAUGUUGGCAGACAUAUAGUGGGCAAACCAGUUCAUACAGGAUCUGAAUCUCCAAACUCAUUUCUGGACCAGGAAUAUCGGAAACGCUUUAAUGUGGUUGAAGAAGAUGCAGUUUUGUACUGCUAUGAGUAUGAGAAAGGAAGAACAAGUGGUCCUGGAAGGAGAGAGAGCACACCGACAUAUGGGAAGCUGAGGCCUAUUUCUAUGCCAGUAGAAUAUAACUGGGUGGGAGAUUAUGAAGACCCAAAUAAAAUAAAAAGAGAUACUAGGAGAGAAAAUUCAUUGCUUCGCUAUAUGAGCAAUGAGAAAAUAGGUCAAGAGGACUACAUGUUUCAAAGGAAUAGCAAAAAGGAUACUGGGAAAAAGUCCAAAAAGAAGGGAGACAAGAGCAGUAGUCCAAGUCAUUACUCACUGUUGCCUAGUUUACAAAUGGAGUCAUUGAGACAAGAAGUCAUGGGCACACCUGGACCAGAAACUGCUUUGUACCAUACAUUUCAGCAGUCUUCUCUACAGCAGAAAAGUAAAAAGAAGAACAAAGCUCCUAUUCCUGGUAAAAGCAAAAGACGGAUCUCAUGUAAAGAUCUUGGUCGAGGGGACUGUGAAGGCUGGCUUUGGAAAAAGAAGGAUGCCAAGAGUUAUUUCUCCCAAAAAUGGAAGAAGUACUGGUUUGUCCUGAAGGACACAUCUCUGUAUUGGUAUAUCAAUGAAGAGGAUGAAAAAGCAGAAGGAUUCAUCAGUCUACCUGAAUUUAAAAUUGACAGAGCCAGUGAAUGCCGCAAGAAAUAUGCAUUCAAAGCCUGCCAUCCUAAGAUCAAAAGUUUUUAUUUUGCUGCUGAACAUCUAGAUGAUAUGAACAGAUGGCUCAACAGAAUUAACAUGCUUGCUGCUGGCUAUGCAGAAAGAGAGAGGAUCAAACAAGAGCAAGAUUACUGGAGCGAGAGUGACAAGGAGGAAGCUGACACUCCAUCAACACCGAAGCAGGACAGCCCCCCGCCCCCGUAUGACACGUACCCACGGCCACCUUCAAUGAGCUGCACAAGCCCCUACGUGGAGCCCAAGCACAGCCGCCUGUCGUCCACGGAGACGUCGCAGUCGCAGUCGUCGCACGAGGAGUUCCGCGCGGAGGUGGCGGGGAGCGCCACCGAGUCCCCGGUGCGCAAGACCGCGAGCCAGCGGCGCUCCUGGCAGGACCUCAUCGAGACGCCGCUCACCAGCUCGGGACUGCACUACCUGCAGACGCUGCCGCUGGAGGACUCCGUGUUCUCCGAGGUGGCCGUGGUGUCCCCCGAGCACCGGCGGCAGUCGACCUUACCCACCCAGAAGUGCCACCUGCAAGACCACUACGGCCCCUUCCCCCUCGUAGAGGGUGAGCGGAUGCAAGUGCUGAAUGGGAAUGGGGGAAAGCCCCGAAGUUUCACUCUGCCCCGGGACAGCGGCUUCAACCACUGCUGCCAGAGUCUCUCAGUCGGUGCUGCCGACCACCACGAAGAAGCACAGCGGAAGGAGGUGGAGGAGGAGGAGGAAGAGGAAGGCAAAGCAGCAGAGGAAAACCAGGAAGAGAAAAUUGAAACUAUAGAGGAAAAAACAGCAGACUCCUUGCAAGAUUUGUACAGAGCCUUGGAGCAGGCCAGCCUGUCUCCUUUAGGAGAACACCGGAUUUCCACUAAGCUGGAAUAUAAGAAAUCUUUUAUAAAGAGAUGUAGCGAUCCAGUAGUCAAUGAAAAACUGCACCAGCUGCGAAUUCUGAAAAGCACUUUAAAGGCCAGGGAAGGAGAAGUAGCCAUUAUAGAUAAGGUUCUGGAUAAUCCAGCUUUGACGUCUAGAGACUUUCAAGAAUGGAAACAAAUGUACCUUGAUCUCUUCAUGAACUUCUAUGAAAGCAGCCCCCCGAGGGACUCUGUUAAUGGCUCCUCUGAGGUUGAAGCACUUAUAGCCUCAUUAGCACACACUCACUCUUACAUAGAAACACAUGUAUAA